AUGUCAUCAAACAAGAAUAAUAAAGCAGCAGCCUAUGAAGAUUUAUCUGGACCAAGUGCUCCACCUCCAAAGAAGGAAUCGACAGAACAAUACUUUAAGAGACGUGAAAAUGAAAUGGAAGAGACUCGUGGUGUAUUUAUGAAGGAAGGUUUCAAAGGUGGUAUCAUCUUUACUGCUGUUACAUCUGGUUGUAUUCUUGGUGCAUCUUUAAUUUCUCCAAGAUUUAGACAAACAUUAUCAUGGGCCAAUAGAACUUUUAUUAUUUCAUCUGGUUUUGUUGCAGGUUUCUGGAUUUAUGGUGAGACUGCUUCUCAUCAAUUCAUUCAUGACAGACUAGCCAAAGAAAUGGAUGACUAUCAUAAAAUAAGCAAUAAAAAUCUAUAUUUCGUACUAUUAGAUUUAGUUGUAAUAAUAAUUUACUUUGCAACCCUUUUAUACUAA